CCGCCGCCCGCUCCCGGCGCCCCAGCGCGGCACGCGUGCCCAAGCCCGCCGGCGCCAGAAUCAGUGAGGUUGGAAAAGACCUCAGAGAUCGAGUCCAGUCUGGGACAGAGCACCACCAUGUCAACCAGACCGUGGCACUGAGAGACAGAUCCAGUCUUUCCUUUAAACACCUCCAAGGUUGUCUUCUGAAUUUUGUGUCUGAAGGUAUCCUCUUGCUUUCUCAGCAAAUCAUGGACAUCGUUGGCUUUCUGAAGUCGCAAUUCAUUUGCCACCUUCUGAUCUGCUACAUAUUUAUAGUGUCAGGACUGAUCAUUAACUUCAUUCAACUCUUUACACUUAUACUUUGGCCAAUCAACAAGCAACUGUUCAGGAAGAUCAACUGCAGGCUGGCUUACUGCAUUUCAAGCCAGAUGGUGAUGUUGCUGGAAUGGUGGUCAGGCACCGAUUGCACCCUUUACACUGACCCAGAGAGUUACCACAAGUACGGGAAGGAGAAUGCCAUCGUAAUCCUUAAUCACAACUUUGAAAUUGACUUUCUCUGUGGUUGGAACUUUUGUGAGAGAUUUGGGGUCUUGGGGAGUUCCAAAGUGCUUGCAAAGAAGGAGCUCUCCUACAUGCCUAUCAUUGGUUGGAUGUGGUAUUUCCUAGAGAUAGUUUUCUGCAAGCGCAAGUGGGAGGAAGAUCGGAAAACUGUGGUGCAGAAGUUGCUCAAUCUCCGGGACUACCCUGAAAACUUUUGGUUCCUGAUUCAUUGUGAGGGCACAAGGUUCACAGAGCAGAAGCACCAGAUCAGCAUGAAGGUGGCUGAAGCCAAAGGGCUGCCCAAGCUCAAGUACCACCUCCUGCCACGAACGAAGGGAUUUGCUGUCACCGUGCAGUGUUUGAGAAAUGUAGUUUCUGCAGUCUAUGAUUCUACCCUUAAUUUUAGAAAUAAUGAAAAUCCAACAUUGCUGGGAGUUCUAAAUGGAAAGAAAUAUCAUGCAGAUUUAUAUGUAAGGCGGAUUCCACUAGAGGAUGUCCCAGAAGAUGAGCAGGAAUGUUCUACCUGGCUCCACAAACUGUAUCAAGAAAAGGAUGCAUUCCAGGAGGAAUAUUACCGCACAGGAACCUACCCAGCAGUCCCGACAGUGCCACCCCGUCGGCCAUGGACACUUUUGAACUGGCUUUUCUGGGCCUUAUUGCUGCUCUAUCCUUUGUUCCAGCUGCUCAUCAACAUGAUCAACAGUGGAUCAUCACUGACACUGGCUAGUUUUGCAUUUGUCAUUAUAAUAGCUUCUGUCGGUGUCAGAUGGAUGAUCGGGGUAACGGAGAUUAACAAGGGCUCCACCUAUGGCAACAAUGACAACAAGCAGAAACAAAAGUAGCACCUUCAGAGACUGCUUCAAUCCAAAGGGAACAAAUGCAACUGCUGAAAACUCUUAAGUGCAUAUCACGGUCCUUCAAGUGAAAUCCGAGGAUGAGUAAUUGCCGUGCAUAUCUGAAUUUGUGCUCCUGUUGUUUUUCUCUGGGGUUUGGGCUGGAUGACACGCUGGAAGGAUGCACUCCUUCGUAUACUCUCAACAACAGGUUUGCACAUGUGUGGUUGGUUUGUUUUCCUAUGAAGUGUCUUAAGUUUUGAAGGAAAAAAAAUUCCAGUGUGCUUGUAUGAAGAGACUCUACCUGGAAACUAACCAGAGGUGCAAGCUUUAAUGUCAGAAGAUUGUUACAAGAUGAUUAAACUUGAUAGUUGUGUAGCUCACACAGUUUAACAACAAUAAUCUGUCAGUGUUUAAGCACAGCACAGCGGGAUGCUGUGCUUGGUUAUAGCAGUGUUGGACUGAAGCAGCUCUGCUGGGCUGGCAGAACUGCAGAGAGUUUUGUACAUGCAGAACCCGUUCCCACAGUGUGCACUACAUGGGCCCUUCAGAGCUUCAGCCAGAGCCUGCCUGGACAGCCACACAUCGGAGCCUGGCAGCAGCAGAACCUGGAUCACAAUUUGGCUUUGUGGCCUGAGCAGAGCUGAGUUACCACUGCCCUCUCUUUCCCCAGGCCAUACAUCCCAGGGAUAGCUGAAACCUCUAAUUCUUCAGAGUAAAUGUCAUUUUUAGU